AUGCCGCUACACCCGGCUGUGAGUACAGCUGCUGUUGUGAGAAUGACGGGUCUGCCACAAUUACAGCUCCUUGCAAGUGAGACUCUGUCUCUGUUCUUAAAAAAUAGAAUAAAGCACUCUUUCGCUCAGGCCCGUGACGCCGGCAGGAUAGGCAAGUGUCAUGGACUUUGUACUGCUAGGAAGCUCCGUAGCCACCGACAAGACCAGAAGUGGCAUGAUAAACAGUACAAGAAAGCCCAUUUGGGCAUAGCCCUGAAGGCCAGCCCUUUUGGAGGUACUUCUCAUGCAAAAGGAAUCCUGCUAGAAAAAGUAGGAGUUGAAGCUAAGCAGCCAAAUUCUGCCAUUAGGAAGUGUGUCAGGGUCCAGCUGAUCAAGAAUGGCAAGAAAAUCACAGCCUUUGUACACAAUGAUGGUUGCUCAAACUUUAUUGAGGAAAACGAUGAAGUUCUUGUUACUGGAUUUGGUUGCAAAGGUCAUGCUGUUGGUGAUAUUCCUGGAGUUCGCUUUAAGGUUGUCAAAACAGCCAAUGUCUCUCUUUUGGCCCUAUACAAAGGCAAGAAGGAAAGACCACGAUCAUAAAUUUUAAUGGUGAAAACA